GGAAACAUGGCAGUAGUCUGGCAUGUGGAAGGUAGGGUCUGGGAACUUUUGCACGGUUUUUAUUUAGCACCGGGAUAUGUGUCCCACCAAUGAGAUUUCAGGAUUUUGUCAUGUGACAGGCGUAAUUAAUGCAUAUUGUCCUGAUUGGUAGAUUUUAAGAGAUAAAGCCCUUUACUAAGGGACGUGUGUGUGUCUGUCUGUCGCAGGUUUAGCGGUCUGACGGCUGAGGACUUUGCCCCAGGGCAGACUGUCACUCUGGAGGAGGUGCAGAGGAAGAUGCUGGGUCUGGUGGGAGACGAUACCAUUCUGUUGGGACAUGGUCUGGAGAGUGACCUCAGAUCUCUCAAGAUAAUCCACGUGAGAGUGGUUGACACGGCAAUAGUGUUCCCUCAUCGCAGGGGCCCCCCUCUCAAGAGGGCUCUGAGGAACCUAAUGAAGGAUCAUCUCAACAAGAUCAUACAGGACGACGUCGACGGCGGUCAUGACAGUCUGGAGGAUGCCAGAGCAUGUAUGGAGCUGAUGCUGUGGAAGACAAGAGGAGACCUUCAGAAGACCACCAGGAGAGGUGCCUCCUGACUCCACCCAUUACUCCUCCCACUUCUGACUACACCCAUUACUCCUCCCACUUCUGACCACACCCAUUUACACUUCAAUCAAUUGGUCUACUAUACUCUGCUGCCUUCACAAUUUUUUUUUAUUGUCGCCCAAUUAUUAUACUCCCAUGUUUUAUGUUGUGUUUUCAAAUUCUCAAGAAACCCAAUUUUGCACAACCAAAUUAUGCAGAGCU